AUGGACGUCGAUGAGAAUGAGUUUGAGGAGGAGGAAGUGGAUGACGACAGCUCUGGUGGAUACUCACCUUCAUCUUCUGAGCCCUCUUGGGCUAAGAAGAUGAAGAAUAAGAUGAAGACCCUAUUCUGUAUGCAAGCCAAGGGGCAGUACAUGACCCAUGUUGCUUCCAAGGAGAGUCGCCGACGAGACAAAAGGAUCUUGAGGACUUUUGGCGAGCAGGUAUCCAGCGGUUCCGAGAUGCUCAUCACCCCUGAGGCUGAGUGGAUGGCGAAGCAGGGUUACCAGUGGACUGAAUCGGAGGAGGAUAAGGAGGAGACCAUCCCCGCUGCCGAGUCCGACGAGGAGCGGGAUGACCCACAGGCCCAGCCGCCCCCAUCGCUCCCUUAUCCCCUGGGCGACCGGAACCCUAGCGGUUCCCUCCCCACUCGUCCCCACUUUCCCUCCCCACGCCCCGAUCCCCUCUCCCUCUCCGCUCGUUCUGGAUCGGGGCACGAACUCGCCACGCCCGACGUGCACGUCGCCGCCCUGGUCGGCUCCGUCGUCGCCCUCGCCGGCUCCGUCGUCGCCCUCGUCGGCUCCGUCGCCCGCCACCUCGCGCUCCCAUCUCCAUCUCCCUCGACGGAUCUGCUCGCGCCCGAGGACGCCGUCCCCAUCGCCGGAGCAUGCCGUCAUCGAGCCCUCCCCGAGCUCGCUGUUGCACGCCUACAGGGCCCGGUGAGGCUUCCCAUCCUUCGUCUUCCCCCUCUCGUUUACCUCGUAGAGCUCACUGCACCCGCACCUCCAGCGCCUCCCGCUCGCUCUCUGCACGCCGUUCGGAGCCGAGGCCCACACCCCGGGCCAUUCCCUUCCGCUCUGGCCAACGGCCCCCGCUCGCGCGACCGCGCCCUCGCGCCAUCCAGCCGCCCGCCCGUGCUGCGCGCCCACGCCCCGAGCGCGCCCCCCUCGCUGCCCGCCUCACCGGCGCUGCUGCACCUCGACGGUCCCGUCGCCUCUGCCGCCCGCUCGCCGCACCCGCACGCGCUGCUCCUUCCCGCUCGCCCUGUCUCAUGCCGAGGAGCCUCCGCCCCUCUCGCCGCGGCCUCGCGUGCCCGUCGUCCGCCUCCGGCCGCCCUGCUGCGUUUCGGCAGUCGCGGCCCUCCCCAUGCUCAGCUCGGUCGCAGCCACCGGAGCUCCACGCCGGUGUGCUGGCGCCCGCGCCCACCAGCCGCCCCACGGCGCCUAGUCGGGUGCGCCCCCGCGGGACAGCGCCCGUUCGGCUGUGCCCGUUAG